CUGAUUAAAGACAUCGAUAACGUGUCAGAAAUCGAUAACGAUAAAAGUCAGUUUGAACAGACAGAAAAAGUUUACAUAAUGGAACGCGAGGAAAAAUCCUCGUUUAGAAUCGAGAGUGUGUCAAAAAAUGUUAGUGCGAAUUCCACGGUUAUUAGUUUUAUAAAAAAUACGAGCAGUCAAUUGAUUCCGAAUUAUCUGCGACCGUCCCAUUUUAAUGAAACCGCGGAAGCUAUUGCUGUGUCAACUUCGUCAGAAUAUAGCGCGGUAUAUCCUGAGAAAGCGCCAAAAAACGCGGGCCUUAAUUUUACUGUACCUAUUUCUUUCGAUGAAGACAGCAAUAAGUCGCUGGCAUCAACCUCCGUUGAUUUUGAUUACAAGUUGUUUUUUGAAUCGUCGAAUUUAUCUGGUCUUGUUUCAUGGAGUCAGGAAAAUACGUCGCAAUUAGUAAUGGAUUUUGCUGAUUUUAUAAUCAACGACACGGCGUAUAUAUCAGUUGAUUUUGCGGAGAAUUCGCUUUUUAAUUUUUCUUCUUCGUCUGAUGUGGUGAAUAAUGAAAAUGCAACUUUCAUUCAUGUGCAUGAUGAUAAUUCCACUGUGGGACGCGACAUUAACAACGAGACGGUACACGUCUGCCCUCCAUGCCCAUCGUGUUUUACAGGGCAACCAACUCCGACACCUUUGGAAUUUGGUGUAGGUGGUGUGGUCGGCGUCACAGUUGCUGUUAUUGGAUGCGUUUUAAUUGGAGCUUUCCUGCUUUUCCGCAAGCGCGAGAAAAUCCGCAGUUUUUUCCAUCGGACGGCCGAACCUUCUGCCCCCGUUGAAGAAGACGCUCCUGACAAUUUCAACAACGAAAAUUAUGUCGGCCCCGGCGAGCAACCCGAAGCAGAGAACGGUGCCGCCAGCGGAAGUGAGUCCGUUAGCAACGGCAACAUCGGCGACGAUGAAUUGUUUCUUAGCGCUGUUGAUUUGGAAGAUGAAGCGCGGAUCGGUGAUGGAGUCGUUCGCUCACAACCUGGACCCGCGAACGAUGCGACUCUCCAACGUGUGGUCCCAGAGCGCCAACACACCGGAAUUCCAUCGCGGGAUGGCUGCAUAUUCCGCCAGCGUCAUUUAUGACACUUUGGCCCGCGAAAAUGAAGGCGCUGCUGCCAGUGGCAUUCGGUUGUGGCGUAGUUGUGAGAGAUUCAGACAUGAAGAGAAUUAACAUUUUGCUUUGAUUGCUAUCUGCGUAACAGUGUAAAUUCGCCAAGCCGGCGACGAGAAUCAUCUUGAAAAAAAAUUUCUUGCUGUUUAAAUGGAUUAUUUUAAAAUUGCAAUUGCUGUUUUUGCGUUCUGCUAUCAAUUCAUUUGCUUACGUAUUUGUUUUUUGACCGUAUAGCCACAUUUUAUUUUGACCAUAUUGUAAUUCUUCUGUUAAUGGUGGUAUGAUUUUCUCCUAUAAUUCUGAUUGUAU